AUGGAUGAAUUAGAAAUAGCAUUUUCACAUCCAUUAGCAAAUAAAACUGAUUGUAAUCAUGUUUUUAUGUGUUUCGUACCAACUGUUUGUAUUGAACCAGCUAAACUUGAAGAAAGUGUUCGUACUAUGGUACUUCGUUAUGGUAUUCGUUUAUGGAAACUUCGUAUUCUUCAAGCUGAAUUAAAAAUGACAAUACGUAUCACACCUGAUUCUGAACGUAUACCAUUUCGAGUUUUUUUAACAUAUGAAAGUGGUUAUUAUCUUGAUAUAUCUCUUUAUCGUGAAGUAACAAAUUCAUCAACAGGACAAACAACAUUUCAAUCAUAUACUUCUGGCAAAACAGGUCCAUUAGAUGGUCGUGCAUUACAUGAUCCAUAUGUAACUAAAGAUCAUUUACAAUAUAAACGUUUUACUGCUCAAUCAAAUAAUACAACAUAUGUUUAUGAUUUUCCUGAAAUGUUUCGACAAGCAUUAUUAUUAAUAUGGAAACAAUAUUCAGAUCGAAAUAAACUUAAAGAAAAUAUAAUAUCAAAAGAUGUUUUUAUUUAUCAAGAACUUAUUCUUGAUACAUCAAAUCAAGUAAAUCUUAAUGAUUCACCUUCUUUAUUAUCACCAACUAAAAUUUCAUCAUCGCCAACAUCUAAUUCAUUAAAAACAUCUCCAAAUAAGAGUAAUAAAUCAAAUAAAUAUCUUGAACAAUGUGGCCUUUUAACACGUACACGUUCACCAGCAGAAAAUGAUUGUGGUAUUGUUGCAUGGCGUAUUCAUAUGAAAACACCUGAAUGUCCAUCUGGUCGUACAAUAAUUGUUAUUGCUAAUGAUAUAACACAUAAAAUUGGUUCAUUUGGUAUUGAAGAAGAUUUAUUAUUUCAACGUGCAUCAGAAUUAUCACGUUUAGAACGUGUACCACGUAUUUAUAUAGCGGCAAAUAGUGGUGCACGUAUUGGUCUUGCUGAAGAACUUAAAUUUCUUUAUCGUAUUGCAUGGAAUGAUCCAAAAGAUAUUGAUAAAGGUAUACAAUAUUUAUAUUUAACAUCAGAAGAUUAUGCACGUGUAUCACAUAUGAAUUGUGUACGAACAGAAACUAUUCAUCAUGAUGAUGGUGAAAUAAGAUAUAAAAUUAUUGAUAUUAUUGGAAAAGAAAAUAGUAUAGGUGUAGAAAAUUUACGUGGUUCAGGUAUGAUUGCUGGUGAAACAUCAUUUGCAUAUAAUGUCAUUCCAACAAUUAGUCUGGUUACAUGUCGAGCAGUUGGUAUUGGUGCUUAUCUUGUUCGAUUAGGUUCUCGUGUAAUACAAGUUGAAAAUUCUCAUAUAAUAUUAACCGGUGCUGCUGCACUUAAUAAAGUUCUUGGUAGAGAAGUUUAUAAUAGUAACAAUCAAUUAGGUGGCAUACAAAUUAUGUAUAAUAAUGGUGUUACACAUGAUGUUGUUAAAGAUGAUUUUGAUGGAUGUUUACUUGUACUUCGAUGGCUUUCUUAUAUGCCUGAAACAAUGCUUCAUUUACCACCGGUAUUAUCAGAAUUUCAUGAUCCCAUUGAUCGCCAAAUUGAUUUUAUGCCAACAUCAACACCAUAUGAUCCAAGACAUAUGAUUCAAGGAGGACAUUUUACUUCUUUACAACAAAUAAAUCAAAAUAAUGAUAUAGAUGUAUUAAAUACAUCACAUUUUCAAUCGGGUUUUUUUGAUCGAGAUUCAUUUAUAGAAAUAAUGAAAGGUUGGGCAAAGACUGUUGUUUGUGGUCGAGCUCGUCUUGGUGGAAUUCGUAAGUAG